UUAGUUCGUCUUGGUUCGCGAAGUGCAGAAGUGGAUAGUGUUUCUGCGAUGGAGGGUGCAUAUGACGAAAUAAUAUCAGAUAAUCCUUUCUUUAUGGAACUGAGAAAUGAGUAUACAAAUUUAUUUCAACAUUGUAUUACACAGUCUUGGAUAAUUUGCGUACCUCGUAUCGGAAGUCUAAAUACUCGUGUAUUCACAAUAGAGGACUUUGGGGCGCACAUUUUAGUACCUAGUGAGGAACUUCCAGAAACCCAUUAUAGCACAUUAACAGAAAAACAAGUUACAGUCAACAAUAAAGUAAUUACCCUAGAACUUACCAAAGGUCUGCCUCUACAGAGCCAUAUACUUUUUGAAGAAACAUUUUACACUGAAGACUUAAUUAAAUAUAAAGUGUGGUGUAUAGAAAGUUCUCUAGAACCCACAGCCACUACAAGUGACAAUGUUGUGACUAAAGAUUGCCUCGUUUCUAUAAAUGACUGCAUUGACCUUCUGUGGACACAAGCAGCAGGCCGCCAAGUUCUUGAUCAGAUAGAAUUAAAUGUGCAAAUAUUUCUAAAAAAGCAUCCUACUCUGCCUAUAGCUAUUGGAACUCUUAAAGAAGCAAUCAGUGAACUUUACACACAGUGCCUGCAAACAACAUUGCAAAAUAGAAGACUUCGUGAGAAAUCAAAAGCUUCAAAACACAUCUUAGAUAAUAUAAAGUUAGCUGUGGAAAGCUACAUGCAACAUCUUUUAUUUGACACAUUAUUUAAAUCAAUAUGUACCAGUUGUGCCUAUGAAGAUUCCCACUUGAAUAAAAAAAUAAGAAACAUGUCAGACAUUCAGCUUAGAGAUUUGGAGAUAAAGAAAGAACUAUAUCAUGCUGUACCGAAGGCAAAACAGAUAUUAUCUAAAAUUGAUUCAUAUAAUACUUCUUUGGAAAAAAUUCUUUGCUUAAAACAAGCUUUAAAUGCUGUCAAUAAAAUUGACAAUAGCAAUAAUGUUGUACUUUUGACCGCAGAUGAUCUUUUACCUGUUUUUGUUUUCCUUCUGAUUAAAUCUGGUUUACCAACAUGGUACAGUCAGCUAACUUUCAUGAAGGAAUUUCGCUUCAGCAGUGUUGGUAGAGAUGGUGAUGAAAGUUCUUUUCUUAUCACCACACUUGAAGCUGUAAUAGAGCACAUACAAUCAGGUGCUUUAGCCGGUCCUCCUGAUCCAGAAUCAUAUUACUAUGAAAGUAACCUUACUGAAGAAAAUUUACAAGAAAAUAAACAAAGAAAGAGUAGCUUGACGGAGUCAAUAGCAACAUCUGAAACUAACUGUAGAGAAGAAACACUUGAAUAUGUGUUUGAGCUUAUUAAAGCUAAUCACACAGAACAAGUCCAAGAUAUAUUAGAAAGAAAUCAAAAGCAUUUAAAAAGCAUUCAACAGAACGAAAAAAGCAUUCUUAAAAUAGCAUUGGAAGAAACUUUGAACAACAAUGAUUUAGAUGAUGAGGACAGUAAUAGUGAUACAGAAAUAUACCAAAAACUUUGUCAUCCAUUGUGUAAUUGUAAAAAAUGUUGGUUCAAAAUCUCAAAAAAUCUAUUAAAGACAUCUCCAACAAUAUCAUCAAGGGACAGUCAUGGUCUCACUCCAUUGCAUGUUGCUUGUAUUCAUGGAAAAGCAGCAAUAGUAGAAAUAUUAUUAGACAUGGGUGCUGACGUAAAUGCAACAGAUCUUAAUGAAUGUAUUCCUUUACACUAUGCCGCUUCAAGAGGACAUCAAAAUGCACUUCUAUUAUUAUUACAUUCUGGAGCAAAUAUUAACUAUCCGAAUGUAGAUAAAAAUACACCUUUGCAUUUAGCGGUAAAUAAUGGACAUUUAAAUUGUGUAAAAGCACUUAUUUAUUUUGCAGAACAUGGCAGAAAGAAAAUGAGAAUAAAUUGUGUCAAUGAAGUUGGAAACACACCUUUGCAUUUAGCAUCAAAAUGGGGCUAUGAAGGGAUAGCUCGGUUGUUGAUUGAAAAUGGUGCGGAACCAACGUUACUGAACAAAAAUAAUAAAAGUGCAUUUGAUUAUGCACAUAACCUAAGAAUUUUACAUGUUCUAAAAUCAUCAACACCAACAUUAUUUGAAUACAUUCACAUAACAAGUACUGACAUAAAGAAAUUAAAUUGUAAAACUGACAAUUCUGAAGUCUUUAAAUUGGGAAAAAUCAAUUUUAAAAAUAUAGAUAUCAGUAAUAAUGCUUCAAAAGCUGUGGAGAAUUUAAAGAGAAUUGACAGAGUAUUACAAGCUAUUACAUAUGGUGAUACAAAGCUCGCUUGUUUCUAUUUAAAUAUUGAUUAUGAAACAAAUACCGAGAACAGUCUUGCUUCCAAAGGACCACUUUGUCAUCCACUAUGCGAAUGUCAGUUUUGUAAGAAAAGUCAACCUCAAAUACCAGAUUUUGAUAUAAAUUUCGCAGAUACAAAUGGUUUUACAGCAUUACACUACACUGCAAGAUUUGGUAUGGACGAUUUAUGCAAAAUAUUAUUAAAUAACAAAGCUAAUGUAAACUGUGUAAACAAGAAAGGCCAAACUCCUUUACAUCUCGCUGCUAUAUAUAAUAAAACCAAUGUUAUUGGAUUGCUUCUUGACAAUGGGGCAAAUAUAAACUCUAUUGACUCAGCGGGUAGUACUGCUUUGCAUAAUUCUAGUGACAUGGGCAACAUUGGCGCUACUAAAGUACUCCUAAACUAUAACCCCGAUCUAUCUUUACUUGAUGGUACUGAAAAAUCAGCAUUAGAUGUAGCUAAAAAGAAAGUUCAUUUAACCAUCAUAGAUUUGAUAGAAAAGUAUGGAAGUAAAUUAGAUAAAAAUAAAUAA